CAAUGUCGGAAGCUUUGUUUUGAUUCAUCUCUGUUGUCUUUGUAUCUGGAGUGAAACCACGUGGAAACCAAGCCGCUCUGUUAUUUUACCCAAAAUCCCUGCAGAUACCAUGGAAAAGUACGCUAUCCCGAACAAACUCCCAUCGGAAGAGGUCAGUGUAUUGACUCACCGCAAAGGACGCCUGAAGCAGUUGGCCAAGCGUGCCGAGCAAGCCCCGCUACCCAAGAAGAAGCGUACAUCCUUCCGGAAGAUAACCACAGUAGUGGGCCACUCUCGCAUUGCCGAACGCGAUGCCAAGCGCAUUAAGCGUAACUUCUUUAAAAAAGGUAUUCUGCCGAAGAACGAGGCGAUAUACAAAGAAAAUCAGUUGGUCUUAGUGUUUCGGCAUCGUGGCAUUAAGUUCUUACCCAACAAGGAUGUGCUGAAGACGUUAGUUCGGCUUGGUUUACAGUUCCAACGUUCUGCCACAUUGCAUCGCUUGACUCCCGAGGUCUUCGCUCAGCUGAAAGUUGUAGAACCUUAUGUCAUCUGGGGCUAUCCGAACAUCAGUGUGGUUCAGGAACUGCUCUUCAAGUAUGUCCGAUUGCGCUGCAAUGAAACAGGUACCGAAUCGAAGAAGCCCGUACCGCUGACGUCCAACAAACAGGUAGAAGAUAUGUUCGGUUCGCUCGGCAUGCUGUGUGUCGACGAUUUGGUACAUGAAAUUAUGACCGUUGGACCACACUUUGAUGCCAUUCGUGAACAGCUACGUAGCUUCCUAUUGAAAAAUCCGGCCGGUGGAUGGAAGAACCCCAAACAGAAGGGAAAGCUGCGAUCGAUUGGUGGUGAAGCUGGCUUCCGAGGUACAGACAUUAAUCUGUUUUUCCAGCGAGUUCUUUAAACAAACUUUUGGAAUCGUUUUUAAUGUUAAUAAGAAGGUCGUACAUAAUUGUGAAUGCAGUUAAAAUAUAUAUGUAAACAGUCUUCUACACGACAGAAAUACAAGUGCUAAUGGACAUACUAAUA